AUGUUUGCCAAAUCUCUCGCUCUCGCUUCCAUCGUUUCUACAACCCUUGCUGGUUCAAUCCCUCACAUCCAGUCAAGGUCCACGCUUCCUGAUGUCACUAUCAAGGCUCUCCCAGCGGGAUGCGCUUCUUACCCAGGUUACAAUGCGGAUAGUCAGACUGCUGGACCUUGGAGUAUGAUUGUCUCGGAUGCCGAGAACCCAGAUCUAUUGAGAUUCGGCCCCAGCACUUCCUACUCGUUGUCAAUCGGCUCACAGGGACCUGUCAUGCGAUGGGGAUACGUCAAUCUCGGUUACCGCUUUGGAAUUGCACGAAACGCAUUCCAAUGCAUCGACAACAAACUCAACAUCCUCGCCGACACCAAAGUCAAUGCUGCCGGUGCGCCCGGAGACGCAAAGUGGACUCCUACCGCUCUGUCUCCAUACCCGUACGACGCAGGUCUGAUGUACUUGAUCGACGGCGAGCAGCCAACCCUGUACGAGCACUACAUCGGAGAAGAAAAGCAAGACGGCUGGUUCCUUGGAGGUUUCAACACAUCUACUUGGGGCGUGAAGUGGUACGAGGCGGAAUCCACGAGCUACUUUUACCCGUACUUCUACAUGAGGUUGUUGCCAGAGGGCGAGGGUCUGCAGGUAAACGAGACGAGGAUCUUCCUCAAGGUCCAGGUCUAA